UAUCAAUUGGUUAAAUCCCACCUUAAAAGGAUGGCUGGCACUAAAUCACCUGAUUUGAGUCCACUUUCCGAUGAGGAAGCAGUUGAUGAGGAUGAUAAUGACUCAACCUUCCACAGGGAAAUAAUAUUACAAGACAAUUAUAGUGAUGACGAUGUUAGUGACUCUCCAUAUAAUGCAAGUGAUGUGACUGGGAACGGUUUUUAUGCCAACAGUGUAAGACAACCAAUUCACGAUAAUACUACGGAUGGAUCGCAUAUGAGUGGACACUAUACAAAUCAGCGCCAAGUAAGAUUUGCAGAUGGCUUAUCGCAUCAUGAUGGUUCACAAUAUCCCUAUAUGAGCAAACCUGGUAGUAGUCAUGAUGACGUUAAUAAAGGGCCAAGUUAUAGAUUCACACCUUCAUCCACGUUUAAUGAUUCUGGCCCUAUGUCACUACUUAGCCUUCUUCCUAGUAGUAUAUUGGGUAAUGCUGUAUCAAUGUCCAAGUAUCUGUCGGAGUACAUCGCUGAUAACGUCGAGCUUCAGCAAAAGGUGCGGAAUAUAUCGAAUGCUGACCGAAGGAAGGAGUUUGGUGAACGGAUCUUUCCUGAAUCUAAGUUAUCUGCGGUAUUCAGGAGUAUAGACACGGCUCAAGUUGCUAUUGAGGGUGCUGCUGAUUUGGCUUCUUCCUAUUCAGAUCCACCAGGUGCUCUACUGCAGCUUAUGCACGAUGUGUUCGUAUCCAUACCUACAAACUCUUCAGUCACUAGGCUUGGUAUAUUCUAUGUGUACAAUCAUUUGUUACACAAAUACGGGAGGGUUUCGCGGAACAAUCAACCUUGCUUUGCGGAGAUUGGCCUGCGAAGGUUCUGUAUACCAGCUAUUACCCAUUCAAGUCGCAUUCACUGCUCUAAUGCCGUGCAUAUUAUUACUUGUGUGAAUGUAUGGAGGCAGAGACGCAUAUAUGAUUCCAAGACCUGUGAGACUUUGGAGUCAAUGGUGUCUAGUCCUUCCUUGUCUUCGACAGGUGAGGCUCAUAAAGACACGAGUACUUUCAGCGUCAACAGUGAAAUUGGAGGGUUGAAAACUCUUCGGUACAUAUUUAGAAUGCCGCUGGUGGAUGCCCGUUAUGAAGAAGCCGUUGAUGGAAUUGAUGUGGAUGACCUUAUUAACACGGAGUGUCUUAUGCACAAUCAAAUGCUACAUGAGGCAAAAUCUAGGAAUAAGUACGCUUUGUUCGAUCAAGUGAGCCGACUAUCUGGUCAAGAGAUCAUUUUGAUGAACAGCAUUUCACUAGACCUCGCUGGGUUAAUUGAGGAAGGUGGCAAACAUUUAGCGAUGCUGGAGAAAGAUAUAUCGGACAUACAAAAUAGACUAAAGGAUUUUAAUUGAACUCCCAUAUUGAUGGAUUGCCUUCCAACAUGAUUAUCGCAAAAAUUAUC